AUGUGCCACUUUCAGGUCUCCUCACACUGCUGGUGUGUUCCAUUUUUUGACAUAGGGUGCUGGCAGAUUACGGGCCUCCCAUAGCUGCUGCCAGGCCCCUAAUCUGCCAUGGGCCCCUAUAUACCGCCUCCUCAUGCUGCUGCCAGGUCCAGAGUCUCUCAUGGGUCCCUGUACGGCCUCCCAUUGCUGCUGUCUCCAUCGCCACACUCUGCCAUGUGCCACUUUCAGGUCUCCUCACACUCCUGCUGGUUUCCAUUUUGUCAUAGGUUGCUGUAUGGCCUCCCAUUGCUGCUGCCUCCACCGCCACACUGUGGCUCCAAACACUGGUUUUGGCCCCGUGACUGGCCAAAUGAGUGAAGUGUGCGGUGAUUCUAAGAUCGACGGCACUCAUCUGCAUGUCAUACUG